CCAAACCCUAGGGUUACAAAAGGCCAAUAUACGUCCCAUUCCUUCUACCUCACCGCACCAAAACCAAAACCCCAAAACUGCGCCUCCCCUCUCUCCCUUUUUUCUUCAAUCUGAGCUAAUCCCAUGGCCCCAAAGAAGGACAAGGCCCCUCCUCCUUCCUCGAAGCCCGCAAAGUCUGGAGGUGGCAAGCAGAAGAAGAAGAAGUGGAGCAAAGGAAAGCAAAAGGAGAAGGUUAACAACAUGGUGCUGUUUGACCAGGCUACCUAUGACAAGCUUCUCUCCGAAGCUCCUAAGUACAAGCUCAUUACUCCCUCUAUUCUCUCCGAUCGUUUAAGGAUCAACGGAUCACUUGCAAGGAAGGCUAUAAGGGAAUUGAUGGCAAGGGGUUUGAUUAGGCUGGUGUCUGCCCAUGCAAGCCAGCAGAUUUACACUAGGGCAACAAACACCUAGAUUGUUUGUUAUAAUUUUGCUUUAUUAGUUCUAUGUAGUAUUGCCUUUUGCUGAGUUUGACGUUUACAAAUUAUAUUUUUUUUUUCAGUUAAGACAUCUCUUCAGCCACUUUUUUCUAGAAUGUGUGAGCUACAGUCUCUUGUUAUUGUUCUGGUUUAAUGGAUACGUCUCAGACUUAGUUGGCAUGUUUUUGGUU